AAAACGGAUAGAGUAUUAGCCACUAUAAUUUACUCCCUUUUUUCUGAAUUGGUACACCUUCAUUCUCGGCUCUCUCAAUCCGUCACAAGCGAUUCUCAGAAUCGUUUUUGGUUCCUAAAAUUCUCUCUCUACUCUUCUAUUUUUGGAGAACAGACGAUCGAUACAAUCUUUCAUUGCUCGAUUGCUUCGUUUGUAAUUCUUUUUCAAUUCUCAGUUGUUGCGUGCCAAUGCAGAGCGAACUACGGUUGAUGGAAAACGCUAAAAUGGAGAACGGCGUGUGUUCUUCGGAAUCGGUUAAUGGAGGUGAAGAUGUGUGGAGCUGUGAAGAAUCUAAUGCUUCUUCAGCUGAUCAUCUAGUUGUCAUGGUCCAUGGAAUACUUGGAAGUGACACAGAUUGGAAGUUUGGAGCUGAGCAAUUUGUCAAAAUGCUCCCUGAUAAAGUAAUUGUUCAUCGUAGUGAGCGAAAUGUUGCUAAGCGGACAUUAGAUGGUGUGGAUGUAAUGGGUGAGCGAUUGGCGGAGGAGGUCCUUGAAGUUAUUAAACGGAAGCCAAGUGUACGUAAGAUUUCUUUUGUUGCACAUUCUGUUGGAGGAUUAGUGGCAAGAUAUGCCAUUGGGAGAUUGUGCAGACCUCCUAGAAUGGAAAAUCCAAAGGAUUUAUUGGUUAAUGCCUGUGAAGAGGAAUCAAAAGGAACAAUUGGUGGUUUGGAAGCAAUGAACUUCAUUACUGUUGCUACACCUCAUCUUGGUUCGAGGGGUAAUAAGCAGGUACCAUUUCUUUUUGGCUUAAAUGCCUUAGAGAAAGCUGCUGGUCUAGUUAUUCAUUGGAUAUUUAGGAGAACAGGCCGGCACCUUUUUCUUACUGAUGAAGAUGAAGGAAAACCUCCAUUGCUCAGACGCAUGGUGGAAGAUCACAGUGAAUACUAUUUCAUGUCUGCAUUACGAUCAUUUAAGCGCCGAGUGUUAUAUUCAAAUGUAGGCUAUGACCAUAUCGUGGGCUGGAGGACAUCAUCAAUAAGACGCAAUAAUGAACUGCCAAAGUGGGAAGAUUCUCUAAAUGAAAAAUAUCCGCAUAUUGUAUAUCAAGAGCACUGCAAGGCGUAUGAUCCUGAGCAGCAUGAGCCAAUUUUAUUGGAAAAUGAUGAUUCAGACCAGCUAGAAGAGGAACUGGUGACUGGCCUAUCUCGUGUCUCAUGGGAAAAAAUAGAUGUUAGCUUUCACAGUAGCAUACUGAAGUUUGCUGCUCACAGUGUUAUUCAGGUCAAAUACAGCUACAUGCAUUCAGAUGGUGCAGAUGUUAUACAACAUAUGAUUGAUCAUUUUAUUGUUUAGAAUCUUAUCAACUUUGGAUGGUGAUUGGUGCCACAUCGCGUGCCGGGACCUUAAUCUUCAUUUUGUGGAGCAUUAAAUUGUAGGAGUUAGGUGCAGUUUGAAAGCUGACAGGUCUGUCAAUGUUGCUUAAUGCCUUGAAAUCCUAUAGUUAAAAAACAACUAUAGGAAUAUUAUUUAUUCAUUAGAUGUUGUAAUGUAAAUGAGCACACACUAUCUAUCAAUACAUGUAAUGCAUUCUAAUAUGCCCUUAUGCUUAGCAGCACCAAAUUGGUUUUUUGGAUUUGGGAUUGGAGAAAAUUUAGUUCAAAUUUUGUAUUGAAUUUUUUCCAAUUUCAAAUUCAAUGUGCUGAUUCGGUAUUUUCUUCCGUAAUAUUUCAGUUGCUUGUAGAAGGAAAACGU